UCAGCUAAGUGAAAAUGAAAUCAGAGCAUUUCCUCAUUUCUCAGCUCAUGUGAUUUGAUCAGCGAGUCGCAGCUGCAGUCACUGGAUGUGUGAGCCCCUGCACGUCCCAGCCUUGGGGUGACAGUGGGUACACUGGACGGGCCCCUGGUAUCCCUCCACUGGUGCCUGUGCUCCCUGAGCUGGCAGAAGGCUGCCCAGCGGUCAAGCACGGCCCCACUCCAGCUCUGAGCCCGUGGCUCCCAGUGCAUGUGCGGCAUUGCACCAGCUCCCUGGACCCGGCUGUGCAAGAUGGAGCUGCUCGCGUACGUUGCCUUCCUGGCUGUGCUGGCAGCAGUGCUGGGACAGCCUGACCCCACGCUGGACUGGCACUGGCAGCUCUGGAAGAAAGCCCAUGGUAAAGAGUACCGCCACCAGGUAGGGACAGUGUGGGGGACACGGUUUGUUGGGGGGGGGGGGGAGGGCAGCAACCUUCCAGGGGAGGGGCAAAAUAGCUUUGGGGGGCCUCUGCUGCCCACCACAGCACUGCCGGGUUGGGUUUGGUUUCAGAAAGAGGAAGGGGAGCGACGCGUGACAUGGGAGAGGAACCUGCGCCUCGUGACGCUGCACAACCUGGAGCACUCCCUGGGGCUGCACUCCUAUCAGCUGGGCAUGAAUCACCUGGCUGACAUGACCAGUGAGGAAGUGUCUGCUCUGCUGACUGGGCUGAAAGUUCUCCACGGACACAACCGGACCUCCACGUACCAACCGCAGCCAGGCGGCAGCAUCCCAGACACCAUGGACUGGCGGGAGAAGGGCUGUGUCACGGAGGUGAAGAACCAGGGUGCCUGCGGGUCAUGCUGGGCCUUCAGUGCUGUGGGAGCCCUUGAAGCCCAAGUGAAGCUGAAAACGGGGAAGUUGGUGUCCUUGAGUGCACAGAACCUGGUUGACUGCUCCAUGAUGUAUGGGAACAAGGGCUGCAGUGGAGGUUUUAUGACCAGGGCUUUCCAGUACAUCAUAGACAACGAUGGGAUUGACUCGGAUGAAUCCUACCCAUACAUGGCUCAGAACGGGACAUGUCAAUAUAACAUUUCCACACGAGCUGCCACUUGCUCCAAGUACGUUGAGCUCCCAUAUGCUGAUGAAGCAGCCCUGAAAGAUGCUGUAGCCAAUAUUGGACCAGUCUCUGUUGCCAUCGACGCAACCCAGCCCACGUUCUUCUUGUACAAGUCAGGUGUGUAUGAUGACCCACGGUGCACACAGGAGGUGAAUCAUGGAGUACUCGUGAUUGGUUAUGGCACCCUAAAUGAUAAGGAUUACUGGCUUGUGAAAAACAGUUGGGGUGUGCGUUUUGGUGACGAUGGCUAUAUCCGCAUGUCAAGAAACCAUGCAAACCACUGCGGGAUUGCCAGUUAUGCCUCUUACCCACAAAUAUAGAAGGACCUUGUGCUUUGGAGAGGACUCCUGUGGCUUCAGUUAAACUGCUGAUGCUAUGCUUGCAUGAAUCUACUGACUUCAGGAACCAUUUUCUGUCUGUAUGGGCAAAAUCCUUCUGUUAGGUCAGCUUGUGCUACAGACUGAGAGGGGGUCCUUUUUGUGGAUCUGGUGGGAGGAUUUUGGAGUAUGAUUUACAGACACCAAGUGACUUCUUUUGGGGGGAAAAAAAGUAUUUUUUUCAGAGUUAAAUUGUGAUACCUACAGUUAUAAUGUAGAUCUUGUUUUCCUCUCUCCAGUUCAGCACUGAGUACUACUGUCAUGACAUGGAUAUGAUUUUAGCUUUGUGUGAUGAUGUCAAUGAGAUUGCAGGCUUUGUUUGAAAAAUAAAAGAUCGGUUUCACCAUACCAAAA